GUCCACAAUCAACAUAAAGAUUGUUGACUUUAGACCAGUGGUUGUAUAUCGGAGAGAGCUUGGAUCGUAUACAUUUUUAUUAAACAAAUAUCGCUUAAAAUGUCGACUUAUCGUCCUGCCGGACAAGGUUUUUCCUUAAAGGCACUUUUAGAGAAUCCAGAUCUUCAGAACCCGACCAAUUUUCAAACGGGUGGUUCAGACUUAAAGAAGAAUGGAAAAUUGGGUGGGAUGGCACCACAUUACAACUCUGCCUUUCUGGGCUCGAACAUGUGGGAUCGACAGACAGGCAGAGGCGAUUCCGAUUUAAUUGACCUCGAGUACAUGGACCUUGAUGAGUUUCUGACAGAGAAUGGCAUUCCAGUCUCCCUUGAAGAGCAGGAUGAAGCAGAGACUAUCAACUUGUUAGCAAGUGCCUUGGGAAGGUCUCCGACUAGGUCCUCAGAGACGGGAUCUCCUCUUGGUGCCCUCUUGAGCUCAGAGCCACCAAAAUACCAGCCAAUGAAGCUCAAAAAUGAUAGCCCUGGAAAGCCUGUUGACAUUGGCGGCUAUCUGCCCGAGAGCCCCGUGCGUCAGCAGAGUUUCUCACCUAUCAGCCUGAGCCCAGUGCAAUCCCCCAAGUCUGUUGAGCCCACAUCAGCCAUUGAGAGAUGUCUGUUGGAUGACAACUUUGGGAUCAAAUCCGCAGCCCUGCAAAAGAUGAAACCAAAGGUCAUCCCUAAAGUAUCUAUCCCCACCCCCAUUGCUCCCAGCCAGGCCAAGAAACAGUACCCAGCAGAGGACCUUUCAGUGGCUAGCAUUCCAGUUUACACGCAGAUGAAUCCACCACAAGACUACUCUCAUUCGUUAGCCUCUAGUCUCCGUCAGCAGUGGAGUGAGGCUUCUAAACAAUCAUUCCACUCUGACGACUCAUUUUCUGACGAUGGCAGUGAAGAUAAUAUGGUCACAGGAAAUUCCCUCCCAGGUCAGGAGAACUUUGACCCAACGGCCAGAAAAUUCUCGGAGGAAGAACUGAAGCCACAACCCAUUAUAAAAAAGUCGAGGAAGGUGUUCGUGACUGACUCAGCUAAGGAUGACAAGUACUGGCAGCGACGAAAGAAGAACAACGUGGCAGCCAAGCGCUCCAGGGAUGCGAGACGCGUCAAGGAAAAUCAGAUCGCCAUGAGAGCGUCAUUUCUUGAGAGAGAAAACGACGACUUGCACGAAAAGUAUGAGGAGAUUUUGCGGCAAAAUGAAGAGCUUAUCAAACGGCUGUCAAAGUACGAAAAGGUGUAAGACGUAUGUGGGUCUCCUUCAUACUUAUCCUUCAUACUAAGUAUUGACAGUUGUUGAGACAGACGUUGUUAUUGGGCAUUAUGUUGUGUAGUGCUGCUAGGUUGUUACAUGCAUUGCUGUGUCUGUUCAAUGUUGUAUUCAUAUCGCAUGAUACCAUUGGGCAUCAUUUCAUCGAUCAUCAUAUUGGCUGGCACAAUUGUGAGAUCUUGCAUUUUGUUUCCUUGGAGUUUCACCUAUUUGCUGUAAAAUAAUCUUCAUUACCUUGAGAUAAAUGCUUUCAAACAAUAAGAGUUUAAAAAAAAAAAAAAGAGAGUAUUUGUUGAGCAUCCACGUUGACUUCCUUCCAUGAUGGUAAAGAUUAAGGCAGUAGGCCAUGAAAUGAUUAUAAAACCGAUUAUUGCUGAGCCUAGGGUUUUAGCUACAGGGUUAUGAGAGGGUGCUGCACCCUGUCCUUUUUGGGAGUCCUCUUCUGCUGUCAUGGAAAAAAGAUUGUGCACCCUCCUGCCUUCAAAGAAUUAGUUGCUUAAGAUUAUCAAGUAUUUCUUAUGUUUUGAUUAAAGCUUGAAAAAUUAUUAUGAAUUCAAACAAACUUGAUAUACUAAAUAGUUAAAACCUAAUAUAACGGUACUUAAAAAAAAAACCACAAUUUCUAUGAAAUUCACAAUGCUUUAAUUAAUCACUGCCAGAUACAGUGUGCCCUUUUGAACCUCAGCACCCUGUCCAUUUUAAAACCUGGCUGAUACCCUAGCUGAGGCCGUGCUUAGGUUUUAUGAACUAUUCUCCAAAAUGGUCAAAAAAGAAAUGUGACUACAAUUGAACAUGUACAAGGCUAGUAAAGUCUAGAUGCAUUGAGGGAAGGGAGGUGAUUGGCUUGAUCUGAUUGGAGCAUUCAUGUUGGUCAAGUAUUGUUAUCUUUACAAUUGUUACAUUAACUUCUCAUAUCACAUGAUUUGAACUGUACAUACAAUUUCUGUUUAGUAUUUAGUUUUGUAGAUUAUAUGAUAUUUUCUGUUUGAUAUUAUAAAUGGUUUGAAUACGUGUAUCGAAUUUACUUGGUCGCAUGUUUAUGACAUUCGACAGUUUGUAGUAAUAUGAACUUAAGAUGUUCAUGAAUUCAAGUAUAUAUUGAAUAUAAACAUUUUAUUAAUGCUUAUUCAAAAGUUGAUAUUAAAUAUGCUUCUUAUCAUUCAGCUUUUAUUUUUGAAAGUUUUCUUGUCAAAAGUUUAUUUUGAAAAUAAAUAAAUAAGCAUAUAACAUGUUUUUACAUUUCUUAUGUGCUUAUUUUGAAAAAUUGAAUAAAUGCCUUACUAGUUUGCUCAAUUGUUAAGCGUUUCUUUCACAACUGAAAUCAUAUGUAUUUGUUACUGUGUGUGAUGUGAUGUCGUUUUUUCGCAAUUGUGAAUGAAAUGGCACAUAAGCUUUUACUUAAAGUCAUUGUUGUUUGCACAUGUAGAUAAAAAUGUAUUCAUAUUAUAACAAAAUGUUAAAAAAAAAGUAAAAAAUGAAUAUAAAAUCGAAAAAAAAAGGUGACAGGAUUAUACCAGUUUCUUGAGAGAAUUUGUUCAUUCUGUGUAUAGUAGAAUAAAUGAUACUGAAAUAAGUGUUAUUAAACAUUGAUCAUCAUCGUUUCAUUGCAUUAAAUUUUCAGGGAAAAUAACAGACCAAAAAUUCAAACCCUGACAAUCCUGAAUUAUUGUUUUGAGGAUAAGGGAUUCAGGUCGGAGCUGGGUAAAGGGUCGAGAACCCUUUUGAUAUUUUUUGAAAGCCAUAUAUAUCAAUUUCUAGGUACUAUUUACUAUUUUUAAUGAAAUGUCCAACAAAAACGCACUAAAAAUGUAUAAUAGUCUUAGAAAUUGAAAGCUCUUGAUCCAAAAUUUAAGUCCUGAAUUUUAUUAAUCCUGGUCUUAUAUACAAGUAAAACAUGUGCUUCAAUAUCAGACAUCAUAACAUAUUGCGCAUUAAUAUGAAAUGAUUGUUCAAUGACUUUAAAAUGUAGUUAUUAUUAUUAACAUAAAAAUGGGAUUGUACAAAUGGCUUUCAUACUAUAAACAUGCUUUCCUGAUUGUAUUUGUGUAAACAGCCAGAUAUUUUCUAGUUAAUGGCUCAUCUCCAUAUUCGUUUAUUAAAUGUACACAUUUAAUUAUUCACAAAUAUUCUUUUCAUAGAGCCAUAAAACUGAUGUUAAUUUUUUUAUUUAUUUUAUCUCAUGGUCGUCGUUCAUGAAAAUCUACCUCGUUUUUUGUUUCCUCCUAAACUACUGUCGUCACAAGUUAUAUUUUGUUUACCGUAAGUUUAGAUUAUCCCUGGAACAUGCAGUGUGGUAUAUAAAUGUUACUUACAUCCCUUAAAUGGUUGAAAUUAUAUUUGAACCAAUGGGAUGACAGUAUUUUUCAAUUUAUUUGAUGUUAAUUGUUCAUAUUGGCUGACAUUUUUAUUUGCCCUACUUAUAGGCUGAUUCUCCAAUGUAUUCUCCUGUCAAAUUGAAGGUCAGCUUAUAUAAUGUCAUAUUAUCUUAUGUGAGUAAUGAGAUUCAUACAACCCGACACGUUAAAUGAAAUUAGAUGUAGGACGUCGUACACAUGUAAUUUUCGUAGAGGAUAAAUACUCGUGAAGAAGACCAUGAAUGAUGUUUAAUUAACAAAAUACUAAACCUAACCUAUAUAUAUAUAUAAUAUACCUACAUUUUAUUGCAUUAGGCAAAAACAUGUUAAGUGUAAAAAUGAGUAGAGGUCAAUAAGGCUGGGCCUUGUAAGAAACAAAGUUAUUUCAACCAUUAUAUUAGUUAUCAUUUAUUUGGGGGUCUAUACGCUGCACCAGGCAAUAACCUAAUCUUAUUUAUAGCUUUUAUUGCAUGAAACCCAUCACCAUAAAAUGUGAUAGUAUGCCAAUGUCUUAUUUCAAGCGUUUGAUUAUAAAAUAAUGUAAUAGUUACCGGUAGUGUUGAUUUUUGGUCUUUUGUUUAUUUUUGGUUUCGGCCAAGAACUGAACUAUUGUCUAGAAGACCGAAAAUAAAUGCUUACUUUUUUAGUGUUCAGCGCGAAAUGUCUCUAAACUAGACAGUGUACAUGUGCAAACUUCUACAUAACUCACUUUUUAAAACCAGUAAAUGAUUUAUGGAAAUUUGGCGCUUGUUUUCAUUUCUCAAUGGAAAGUUUGUGAUUGUAAUCUACUUAAUGGGUUUUUUAGUUGUCCAAAUUUUCUAAAUGAUUUCUCUCGUGAGUCUGUCUGGUGGACCCAUGGCCAGGGGCAUGAGCAUGAACAUUAAGCAAUAUCAUAAUUUCAUCAUUUUAAAAUCAAUAAUUAUUGGCAUAAGAUUUUGGUUUAAAUAGUUGUUCUACUUAAGUUUUCUUUUUUUCUGUCCUUUUAACACAGCAUAUUGAGCUAAUUUAGUUUUGAAAAGAAUUUAUUGUUUGAUAAUCAACUUGUAUGAAUGUAAAAAUAUAUCAAUUCUUCAUUAUUACUAUCAUCAAUUUUGUUCAUCGGAUUGUACAUUAUUUCCAAAUGUUAUUAUUGUAUAUGCUAUGAUAACAUAUUGUUACAAAUUAAUUGUGUCAUAUAUAUAUAUAUGUAUAAUAGCACUAUUCUCCAUCAUACUUGUCAUUCAAAAAAACAAACAUUACAAUUUCAUUCCUAUAUUUUGUUAUUAACUUUUAAGUACUUAAAUUCAUAAUUUCACUGGAUUCAUUCGCAACGGUUCAAGAAAAUUCACAACGCAUUUGGUUUUAAACUGCAUGUUUUGUAAAAAUUGUUUUGUUAAAAUCUGAUGAUAUAUAUAUAUAUAUAUAGCGAAUUCCUUUUCUCCUUAUUAUAGCAUUAAGGGCAUUUCCUUAGUAGUAUAUUUACUUAACUUUGUGAAAGGUAGCAGCCUUUGUAUUGCAUUAAUCAGAGAAGUGAAAUUCAAAGUUACACUUUCUUUAGAUAUACCCUUAUAACAUGUACAGAUAUAUAUUUUCCUACUCUGUGUUUACUGAACUACUUUCAGGCCCUUGUAUACAGAAAAAAUAAACAGUCUUUCUAAAUUCGCCAAAUAUAUCGAUGCAGCGUCUGUAGUUAUUAAUCACAAUAAAAAUGUUUAACACUUUAUCGAGUCACAGUGUUGUUCUAUCAUGGUUUUUAUUUUCUAUCUACGUAUGUAGAAUGUGUCCACAUCAAUCAUUUCUCCAUGGAAUAUUUAUUUAUUUUGAAUUCUCCGAAUAUUUUUAAUCACAUUUUAUUUUUUGGCAUUACAAUCACAUUCUAUUUUGGAAUUAUAAUCACAUUCUAUUUUGGAAUUAUAAUCACAUUCUAUUUUGGCAUUAUAGUCACAUUCUAUUUUGGCAUUAUAGUCACAUUCUAUUUUGGCAUUAUAGUCACAUUCUAUUUUGGCAUUUUUUUUCCUCACUUAACUAAGUAAAAUGUUAACCUUACUUUGUGAAAAAAUAAAGGUCAGUCUGUUA